CACGGCUUGGGAGGCUGAUGUCGUCUAAGCAUGGACUCUGGGCCGGAGGAACUGAUGCCGCGGCUCCUGCCCGUGGGUAAUUGCGACCUGCAGGAUGAUUAUGACCCCGCUAUACCCCCUCGGACGCCGCAGGAGUAUCUGAGGCGCGUUCAGAUAGAGGCCGCUCGAUGCCCGGAUGUGGUUAUUGCGCAGAUCGACCCCAAGAAACUGAGGAAGAAGCAGACUGUGAGCAUAGCUCUGUCAGGAUGUCAGCCGGCACCUGAAGGCUACUCGCCAAGCCUCCGAUGGCAGCAGCAACAAGUGGCUCAGUUCUCCGCUGUGCGCCAGAGUCUCAGCAAACGUAGGAGCCAUUGGAGAUCUCAGCCUCUGGACAGCAAUGUUACAAUGCCAAGUACAGAGGAUGAAGAAAGUUGGAAGAAGUUCUGCCUUGGGGAGAGGUUGUAUUCUGACCUGGCAGCCGCACUAAACAGCGAUAAUCAAAAUCCAGGAAUUGAUUAUAUAAAGGUUGGAUUUCCACCCCUGCUGAGUAUUGUUAGUCGAAUGAGUCAGGCUACUGUUACAAGUGUGCUUGAGUACCUUGUGAACUGGUUCGAGGAGAGAGACUUUACUUCUGAGCUGGGUCGGUGGCUGUAUGCUUUGUUGGCCUGUCUGGAGAAACCAUUGCUGCCAGAAGCUCAUUCUCUAAUUCGGCAGCUCGCGAGGAGAUGCUCGCAAGUCAGAGCAGAGGUGGAACACAAAGAUGAUGAGAGAGUGUCUGCUUUAAACCUGUUCAUAUGUCUGGUUGGCAGAUACUUUGACCAGCGAGACUUGGCUGACUGUAAUAACCCUUCUUGAUAACGAUGUCCUCAUCACACCAGCGCACUGAAAUCACAGCAAUACACAUUUGGUCCUUCCAUUCCAUGAUGCACCAGUGUCUCCUUUUGUAAAUGCUGUCCAAUAAUGGAAGAAUUGGAAAUUCUAAUGUCCCUAAAACAUUGCAUUGAAUGGUUAAAUAGUCAAUGAUUGCAUGUAAUCUUCCCCACAGCAAAGCAAAAAUUAUUUUUUCAUAGACUUCUAUAUAUUCAGUGGCCAAGGUUGGAGACUUAAGUGCCUAAAGGUUUUAGGAUUUAUUUUUUUAGCACCUGCCAACAGCCCCAGAUUUUACAUAGCACAAAUCCAGUGGGGCUCCCCAUUGGCUAAAAUGUAUGUUUAAGGUCUCCCCAUACCUUAAGCGUACAUUUAAGGUAUGGUGAGGCCUGUGCCGAGCUAACAUUUAGCUCGCUCUAUUUGGCUAGUUGUUGGCCUAGCUAGGUCACACUGGCACCAUGUGUGAAGGAGAAUCUGGUCCUGGCUGGUGGGUGAAGCAGCCUGUAGCAUGGAAAUACUGUGAAACUGCCAUUUUGUAGGAAUUUAAUUCAAAUAUUUUGCUGUUGUGUUUGGUGCACAUAUGUUAACUGUCUUGGAAUAUAAACAUAAGUUCUUUGAAAGUUA